UUGGAGGUGUGAGACAACUGGCAUUCCAGUAGAAACCCUUGUGACUGGUCCCUGUCUCCUAAAGCUGGGAUUGCAUUCCUAUUUAGGGCUUCUGCUUUCUACUAUAAAAGGUCAACAGCCUCCCAACAGUAGAAGAACCAACCCAUCCAAGCUCAGUUCUUUGCUCUUUGCUGUGACAGCUUUGGUGCCUGGGACACCUCAAGAUGGGGGUGAUAAAAGGGGAACAGCAACCAGCAACAGAAGCCCCAUUACUUCAGAAGAUACAGCAAAAGGCUGCCCAGGUCAGCCAACAGAUGGAUCUGCUUUUUGCUGUUGGAGGAUGCCAUUUGGCUAGUGAUGUCAUCAGUGGGGUGGAGUGUUAUGACCCACUGUCCCAUGAAUGGAAAUUGCUAGGCCCUUCAUGCAAGCACAGAUGUGGUACAGGGAUAGCUUCCUUGAAUGGCUGCAUUUAUGCAGUUGGGGGAUAUGAUGGAACCACUUGCCUCAGCAGUGUGGAAAGAUAUGAUCCCAAGGUCAAUGAAUGGAGAUAUGACGUGGCUCCCCUGACAGAAAGCAAACGAGGAGCAGGUGUCACCGAGCUAGGAGGUUUCCUGUAUUGUGUGGGAGGUCAUAAUGGGCUGACCUGCCUCAGCUCUGUGGAAAGGUACAAUCCUGAAGAGAACAGGUGGUGUAAGGUGGCUCCUUUGACACAUCGAAGAUCAGGUUUGGGUGUGGCUGCUCUGGGUGGCUACCUCUAUGCAAUUGGGGGUUCAGAUGGCCACUCUCCACUACGAACAGUUGAACGCUAUGACCCCACAGAAGAUGUGUGGAGUCCCUGUCCUUCCCUGCGAACCUGCAGGGAAACCUUUGGUUGUGCUCUGUAUCAAGGGAAAAUCUUUGUGGCAGGUGGACGGGAUGAGAUCACAGAGCUAUGUAGUACUGAACGCUUUGAUCCUGAUGCCAACGAGUGGUUGCCAAUGAUGCCCAUGAGGUCAAAGAGGAACAAGGUUAGCCUAGUAGGUGCAAAUGGAUACCUCCUAGCAGUUGGGGGCUUUGAUGGAGUGGUGCACCUGGCAACAGUGGAGGCUUUUGACUUUGAGGCCAAUCAAUGGAGAGUAUUUGGCAACAUGAAGAAUCGCCAUCCAGGAGGAGGUGUGGGUGUCCUGAAGAUGAUUAUUUAGAACAGCUAACAGCUGUUUGGAAUGAAGAAAAGAAAGAACAAAAGACACCUUUUCAGAAGUCUUUUUCACCCACAAGAGGAUCAGGGAGGGGAGUUCAGAGAAUAUUUUGGGUUCCUUAUGCCCAGGUCUGUGAAUCCAGAGAAAAUUGGAUAUAAGACACCUUAAGAGCAUGAUUGUGACUUAACCACAUGACUCCUUCUCAGGUGCCUCUUGGGAAAGUCAGUUAUUUCAUAUUCCAUUGUCUCAUAUUCAAUAUCAGCCCUGGCCAGGAAGGAAAACUAAGUCAUAAAUGAUAGUUGUACCCCUAAAAAUCAACCUCUCAAUAAUACUUGUUGCUAUCCAGCCAUCUCUUUAUUAUUUAUAGACAGAAUCAUAGAAUUUAGAGAUGGAUGGGAACUUAUAGAUCAUCUAAUCUAGUGGUUACCAACCUCCAAAGUCCUUUGGACCCCUGGGGACCACUUUGAAGUAUUGAGAAACCAUAGAGUUAUUUGAAAAGGAUACAUCUCAUUAAAUAAUUCAGUAUAAUAAGUAAGCAAAUAUAUCUUUCUAGAUGAAAUGUCUGAAACAUAUACGUACUAAUUUAAAAUGUAACCAGAUACAGUUGUAAUUAAUAAACAUAAAGUCACCUAAAAGUUACAAAA